GCAGAGUAGGAUCAGUCAGUCAUUCAAUGGCUGCAGCAGCAGCAGCAGUAGCAGCAGCUAGGGCUUCUUAGCCCGUCUGGGCAGGGGACCUGAGAUGAGACCCAUUGGGUUCUGGAAUCCUUCAAGCGUGCAGCUGCCCAAGCCUUGACCGUUGCCUUCUGACCAGUGUUCCCUAAAAGAAGAGAAAAUGGCUUGUGAAUCGGAAACCCUGAAUCCCAGCGCUCGGAUAAUGACCUUCUAUCCGACCAUGGAGGAGUUCCGGAACUUCAGUCGCUACAUUGCCUACAUUGAAUCUCAGGGAGCCCAUCGUGCAGGCCUGGCUAAGGUGGUUCCUCCCAAGGAGUGGAAGCCCCGAUCGUCCUAUGAUGAUAUUGAUGAUCUGGUCAUCCCUGCCCCCAUCCAACAACUGGUGACUGGGCAGUCUGGUCUCUUCACUCAGUACAACAUACAGAAGAAAGCCAUGACUGUCCGUGAGUUCCGCAAGACCGCGAACAGUGACAAGUACUGUACCCCACGCUACAGUGAAUUUGAAGAACUUGAGCGGAAAUACUGGAAAAAUCUCACGUUCAACCCCCCAAUCUACGGUGCAGAUGUGAAUGGCACACUCUAUGAAAAGCAUGUCGAUGAGUGGAAUAUUGGUCGCCUGAAAACAAUCUUAGAUUUGGUGGAGAAGGAGAGUGGGAUCACCAUCGAGGGUGUCAACACCCCUUACCUGUACUUCGGCAUGUGGAAGACGUCCUUUGCCUGGCACACUGAGGACAUGGACCUCUACAGCAUCAACUACCUGCAUUUUGGAGAGCCAAAGUCCUGGUACUCGGUUCCUCCGGAGCAUGGGAAACGUCUGGAGCGCCUUGCCAAAGGCUUUUUUCCGGGAAGCUCCCAAAGUUGCGAGGCUUUCCUCCGCCAUAAGAUGACCUUGAUUUCUCCUUUAAUGCUGAAGAAAUACGGAAUUCCCUUUGACAAGGUAACUCAAGAGGCUGGAGAAUUUAUGAUCACUUUCCCUUACGGUUACCAUGCGGGCUUUAACCAUGGCUUCAACUGUGCCGAGUCCACCAAUUUUGCUACCCGGCGGUGGAUUGAGUAUGGCAAACAAGCUGUGCUGUGCUCCUGCAGGAAGGAUAUGGUGAAGAUCUCCAUGGACGUAUUUGUGCGGAAGUUCCAGCCAGAGAGGUAUAAGCUGUGGAAAGCUGGCAAGGACAGCACAGUGAUCGACCACACUCUGCCCACGCCCGAAGCAGCUGAGUUCCUGAAAGAAAGUGAGCUGCACCCCAGAGCUGCACAUGAGAGCGCCUGCUCCGAGGAGGACAUGGCAGGGGUGGAGGAUGGCGAGGAGGGUGACUCGAAGAAGAGCCUCUCCAAGCACCGGAUAGGCACCAAGAGGCACCGGAUUUGCCUUGAGAUCCCACAGGAGGUGAGCCAGAGCGAACUCUUCCCCAAGGAGGAACUGAGUUCUGGACAGUAUGACCUGGCGGAGUGUGCAGCCACCCACAGCUCUGUCCGGCCGGUGGAGGAUGGCCUCACCUUCCCAGAUUAUCCUGACUCCACAGAUGUUAAGUUUGAAGAGCUGAAGAAUGUCAAACUAGAAGAGGAAGAGGAGGAAGAUGAGGAUGAUGAGGAAGAUGAUGAUGAUGAUGAUGACAAUGAUGACGAUGAUGAGGAGGAGCAAGAGCAAGAAGCGGCCGCCUUAGAUCUUUCUAUAAAUCCUGUGCCUGUAGUGGGGCGCCUUGCCUUUUCAGGCUCUAAAAAGAAAUCCUCCUCCAGCCUGGGCUCCGGGUCAUCCCAGGAGUCCAUUUCUUCUGACUCGGAAGCCAGUGAGCCCCAGUCAUGCCGAUCUCGGGGCCGGACAGGAGGCCUUCCUGUGCACACCUACUCUCGAGCGGAGCGGUGCCCGAGGAAGAAAGGCAGUGGUGCCUGCAGCAGCAGCGAGCCUGAGCUGGCUGAGGUUGAUGAUGAAUACAUAUUUCCUCUGAAGGAGAGUAAGAAGUCCAAGGGCCGCCGGCAGCCCUUGAGCAAACUUCCCCGCCAUCACCCGCUGGUGCUGCAGGAUUGUGUCAGCGAUGAUGAGACAUCUGAGCAGCUGACCCCCGAGGAGGAGGCAGAGGAGACAGAGGCCUGGGCCAAGCCCUUGAGCCAGCUGUGGCAGAACCGACCCCCGAAUUUUGAAGCUGAGAAGGAAUUUAAUGAGGCCAUGGCCCUGCAGGAGCCUCACUGCUCCAUCUGCAUGAUCUUUCAGACAUAUCAUCAGGUCGAGUUCGGCAGCCUGACCCAAAGCUGUGGGAAGGCUGCAGAUUCAGCGCCCCAAAGGACCAAGCCAUUGAUUCCGGAAAUGUGCUUCACCUCGAUCGGCUGCAGCACUGACAUCAACCUUUCCACCCCUUACCUGGAGGAGGACGGCACCAGCCUCCUUGUUUCCUGCAAAAAGUGCAGCGUCCGCGUGCAUGCCAGCUGCUACGGUGUUCCCCCGGCUAAGGCCACUGAGGACUGGAUGUGCUCUCGGUGUUCGGCCAACGCCCUGGAGGAGGACUGCUGCUUGUGCUCGCUACGAGGAGGAGCCUUGCAGAGGGCCAACGAUGACAGGUGGGUUCAUGUCUCCUGCGCGGUAGCCAUCCUGGAAGCCAGGUUCGUCAACAUCGCAGAAAGAAGCCCAGUGGACGUCAGCAAGAUCCCCCUGCCCCGCUUUAAGCUGAAAUGUGUCUUCUGUAAGAAGCGGAGGAAAAGGGCUGCUGGCUGCUGUGUGCAGUGCUCUCAUGGCCGCUGCCCCACUGCCUUUCAUGUGAGCUGUGCUCAGGCCGCCCGAGUGAUGAUGCAGCCUGACGACUGGCCUUCCGUUGUCUUCAUCACCUGCUUCCGGCACCGGAUUCCAAAUUUGGAGCGUGCCAAGGGGGCCCUGCAGAGCAUCACCGCGGGCCAGAAGGUUAUUAGCAAGCACAAGAAUGGGCGCUUCUACCAGUGUGAGGUGGUCACGCUCACCACUGAGACCUUCUAUGAAGUCAACUUUGAUGAUGGCUCCUUCAGUGACAAUCUCUAUCCUGAGGAUAUAGUGAGCCAAGACUGUCUCCAGUUGGGUCCUCCUGCUGAAGGCGAAGUGGUCCAAGUGAGAUGGACUGAUGGCCAAGUCUAUGGAGCCAAGUUUGUGGCCUCCCAUCCCAUCCAAAUGUACCAGGUGGAGUUUGAGGAUGGCUCUCAGCUUGUGGUUAAGAGAGAUGAUGUGUAUACGCUGGACGAAGAGCUUCCCAAGAGAGUCAAGUCCAGACUGUCUGUAGCCUCAGACAUGCGCUUCAAUGAAAUUUUCACAGAGAAAGAAGUUAAGCAGGAAAAGAAACGACAACGAGUCAUCAACUCAAGAUACCGGGAAGAUUACAUUGAGCCUGCGCUCUACCGGGCAAUCAUGGAGUAGGUGCUCCUGGAUGUUAUUGGGCAGUUGCCAAGGCUAGAGCACCCAGAGAAGCUCCGCAUCGCAGAUGCUUGGAACUCUGCGGCCUCUAAAAAGUGAAAUUGUAAAAAAGAAAAGGAAUGAAAUAACCAACCCCAUGAUCUUCUCAUCCCACCCUCACCGCAUUCCGCUGUAGUGGAAGGACCAGCCACUCAUGGACGCAUCUCUCAGUCAAGGGGUGAACACUGGAGCAUGUGACUGCCCUGGUCGUCUGUGCUGGGCCUGAUGGUGCCAGUGGCACUGCUUGGCCUGCUCCUGGCAUAGGACUUAGUUUCCCAGGAUCCACCCACUCCAGCUAGGCAGAUGCUGGUGCCUUCCCUUUUUGUAUUUAUAUGUGUGUGUGUGUGUGUGUGUGUGUGUGUGUGUGCGUGCGCGCGCGCGAGCGAGCGCAUACGUAUUUUCUUGCGCUCACCUGUGCAUUUGAUCUGGAUCAGCCUCUGCCAUCUUCUCUCUUCUUUUUCCCUUGCCUGUCCUGGCCCAGAAAAAUGUGAAAUUCUGUCCUCAGCUGAGCUGAGUAAAAGCCCUUGGGUUGGGGGGGUGGGGGUUAGCUGGAGACUGGUGUGGCAUGUCUGUUUCUGGAACCUGUCUCAAGGUAGUGCUGACAACUGUAGUAUUGAGAGGCUGAGGAGUAAGGGCCACCUCUGUCCUCUCCCGAGCAUGGAUAUGUGCCCACAUCACUGGAGGCACAGUGCCCUGUGGCUCAGUAUUAGAGGGUAUGUGUGGGUAAUAAUAGCCUAGAGGGAAAAUUGAAUGAUGCAAACAGGCAGAGCCUGGUGGGUGAUUCUGGAAAAAAAAAAAUUGCAAUCAUGUAGGGGCUGGGAGGGUUUGGAUGAAUAUGGGGCUAUUGGAAACCAGGGGCAGGGUUAGCUAGGCUCCUGGUCGGGGUGAGGGAGGGAGCCAUUUGGGGAGGGGGGUGGUGGGCAAUACUGAAGGGGUUUUUGCUCUUAAUGAAUUUGUUUGCCUGGGCCCAGGAUGGGAGGGCUUCACACCUAUACCCCGUGUAUACAAGAAUCAGAUUUAUAAUACUUUUCCUGUUUUUUGUUUUUUGUUACAUAUGAACGCUAUAAACCAAACUAUUUUGAAAACUGGUGCAUCACCUUGUCCUUAGCAAUAAAAUGUGUC